CCAGCUUGAUUAAUCUUGGAUGAAAUAAUUUAUCUAACUUGUUAGGCUUAGUACUUUAUCAUGGUAGUAGUGUGGCAGUGUGAAGAGUCCUGAUCCAGGAAUUUCCGUACUUUCGUCGUACGACAAUCAACUGGGGAAACUACAAAAUCAAACUCAUUCUCCUCGCAGUUGACCAACCUGCCAUCCGAUUUGAUCCCUCUCCCUUCAUUUUCUUCUUCCUAUCCCACCUCCUCCUGAGAGUUUUACGGUCGGUGUCGUCCACACACUCUCGCCAAGCCUUCCCAGUUCUGCGAUCCGUCACAUCCACUUUGGCCCGCCCCGGCCCCAACGGUGCCCGCUCGGACUUUCUUCCUUCCUUCAACUCCCUUUCGGCCACCGUUGAAAUCUUAAGAUCCUUCCUUCAUUCUUGUCUGGUCUGGCAUCGAUCUUUGUCUUUUCCACAAUGGCGUCUGGCGGGGUCUACCCUUUAGACACCCAGCAGCUUCCUGCUGUUGCGCAACCCGAAACUCCAACCAGAGGUGCCUUUGGUACUGAGUUCUUUAAGAUCUUUGCAGGUCCCAAGAAGGUGACUCGAGAUGGCGCUGAACCCAAACGUCGCGGGCCCAAACCCGACAGCAAGCCCGCUCUCACUCGACGACAGGAGCUGAAUCGCCAAGCUCAGAGGACACAUCGCGAGCGCAAGGAACAAUACAUGCGAGCUCUGGAGACCGAGGUCUCGCGGUUGCGGGAGGCUUUUACCACUGAAAUCUCGGAUGCGAAUGUCGCUCUUCAACAACACAAGGAAAUGCUUCAUACGGUGCGAAACGAGAAUGAAGUCUUGAAGGAAAUCCUGGCCGCCCACGGUAUCAAUUAUGCUCCCGAGCUGGAGCAACGGAUGGCCGAGCGUGGUUCGCUGGCGGGUUUCCAGUCGAGCCCCGUCCCCGCUAGCAGCGCUGGAUCAAAUACCGCCCCCUUUACCAAUGCGACUAGCAACCAGAAUGUCACACCAGCAACCUCGAUCUCAACCGGGUUAAGCCCUCAAGCGACCGGCGGCUUGGAACAUUCCGAGGUUUCUCCUCCGAUGGGGUUCGUGCCUCAGCAGCAAGUAUACCAUGCGAGUCCGAAUGAGAACCAGGGCUUGGAUCGGUCUGGGUGCCAGGUCGUCGAUACCCCCGUACCAGCAAUGCGCGGUGUCUUCGAGAGUGACCCACAGCUUCAGAUUGACUUUAUCUUGACACUGGAAGGCCCCUGCCGUGAACAUACCGACUAUCUCUGCCGUCGGUCGAUUACCGAAGCCGACGACGAAGACAUGCCCUUCUCUGGUCACGCCCUAAUGGCCACUUGCCCACCACCCAGCUACAUCGCAAACACUACCCCCGAACAAGCUUACCCACACAAGACCUACGAUCUCCCACUCGCCAAUCUCGGUACUCUGCUCAACCUCAGUCGCCAGCUCGUGACGGACGGUCAGAUUACUCCUAUCAUGGCGCUGCAGUGUUUGAAGAAUCACGAACUGUAUCACUCACUCAGCCGCGACGACAUUAAGAUUAUCAUCGAAACCCUAAACACCAAGGUCCGCUGUUACGGCUUUGGGGCCGUUGUCGAGGACUUUGAGCUCAUUGAUUGUUUGAGUAGUGUGCUGGGCACGACAGUGGACUUGGGCGUGUCUCGUGUCCGGGACGACUCGAUGUACGCUUGAUAUGCUCCCUCGGCGAGCGUGGAGGUGUGUGACUUCCAGAGCGAGGACGGUGUCUUCACCCUGGCAGGGAAACGAUUAUGAUUCUGACGUCUACGAACUGUUCUUUGUGCUCUCUUGUGGAGUGGAAUCGGGUGCUUGUGCUGAGAACUUCUUUGAUCCAACUACUUUCGGUUUUUGUAUGGCUUGGUAUUGCCCGAUUUCUUUUCCUUUUCCCUCUCCUACAUUCCUGAUCCAUCGUUUCUUUUACUCUUUACUUUGCUUUUAUUCUGACCCAAAAUGCCAUCUCUACCUGGCUGGGUUUGGACCUUGACUCUUCAAUUCUUAUGGAAAUGUAUAUACUGAAAAUGGCCCUAGCUGAGCGUGGGCCCGGGGAGUUGAGUUAUUUUUUCUUCUGGGUGUUUGAAUUAUGGAUUGACUACUUCUCACCGUCUGAUCGCCCGUUGCUUGUCUCCUUGGUUUAAAAUAGGCCAAUCCACCUUGGCCGGUGGUUUCCAUACAAGACAUUUCAUUCUUUUACCCGUGCUUUAUA